GUUGUGUGUCGGAUAGAAAGUGAGCCUGGUUUCCAGCUGAGUGCUUGCUCUCUCUCUCUCAGUGUGUGUGUGUUGUCAUUAUUAUCCAGUCUGCUCCCAGCUCAGAAUGGCCAGAUUCACUCAGACUGAAACAAGAAGGCAGCAGCAACCACAGCAGCCCCAUCCCGCUAACACCAGCCUGGUUUUCACUGGACCUGGGGCAUCACCGACCCAACAACCACUACUACUUAUCCCUCACCAGCAUCAGUACUGUCAGAUCACAUUUCCUAAACCCAUGAACGGGUCAGAAUCCAUUUCCAUUCAUCCGGAGAGCGGCAACAUGAAAGAUCAAGAUGCCAUUAAGCUGUUUAUCGGGCAGAUACCGCGGAACCUUGAGGAAAAAGACCUGAAACCUCUGUUUGAACAGUUUGGGAAAAUCCACGAACUGACAGUUCUAAAGGACCGAUACACCGGCAUGCACAAAGGCUGUGCAUUCCUCACCUACUGCGCCCGCGAGUCGGCCAUCAAAGCCCAGAAUGCCCUCCAUGAACAGAAAACACUGCCAGGGAUGACUCGGCCCAUCCAGGUGAAGCCGGCUGACAGUGAGAGCCGUGGAGAAGACAGGAAGCUGUUUGUGGGGAUGCUGAACAAACAACAGACUGAAGAAGAUGUGUAUCGCCUCUUUGAGCCCUAUGGAGUUAUUGAGGAAUGCACCGUCCUUAGAGGUCCUGAUGGGAACAGCAAAGGCUGUGCCUUUGUAAAGUUCUCCACACACGCUGAGGCCCAGUCUGCCAUCAGUGCCCUCCAUGGCAGCCAGACCAUGCCAAACGGCUCCGAUUCUCUCCCCUCCCAGGGCGCCUCCUCCAGCCUGGUGGUGAAGUUUGCAGACACCGAUAAGGAGCGCACCAUCCGCCGCAUGCAGCAGAUGGUGGGCCAGUUUGGCAUCUUUAACCCAGCCAUCGCCCUGCCCUUCAGCACCUACAGCACCUACGCACACGCCGCACUGCUGCAGCAUGACAAUGAGUUCCCCCAGCUCAUGCAGCAGCAGGCGGCCAUCAUGGCAGCGAGCCAUGGGGGCUACCUGACGCCCAGCGUGGCCUUUCCCGCCACCCAGAUCCACCAGAUGGGGGCGCUCAACAUCAACGGCCUCCCACCCAACCCCAUGACCCCGGUGUCGGGUGAGUUCCAUCAGGCACUGGGCCUCAGCUCUCCCCCAGCCAAUAUCUCCACUCCCAGCAUCGUCACUCCCAUCGUCAACGGUUUCACAGGCAUCCCCCACCAUCAGCCCAACGGACAUCCUGCUGUGGAGACCAUGUACACCAAUGGCCUGCCGCCCUACUCCACCCAGAGCCCCACAGCUGCCGACACCCUCCAGCAAGCCUUCACCGGAGUACAGCAAUACACAGCUAUCUACCCAGCCACCACUCUGACUCCCAUCGGCCAGACACUGCCUCAGCCUUCACAGGUCAUCCAGCAGCAGCAACAGCAGAGAGAAGGUGAGGGGCCCGAGGGAUGUAACCUGUUCAUCUACCACCUGCCACAGGAGUUUGGAGAUAAUGAACUCAUGCAGAUGUUUCUGCCUUUUGGGAGUGUCAUCUCCUCUAAGGUGUUCAUGGACCGAGCCACCAACCAGAGUAAAUGCUUCGGGUUUGUGAGCUUUGACAACCCAACUAGUGCUCAGGCAGCUAUUCAAGCCAUGAACGGCUUUCAGAUUGGAAUGAAGAGGUUGAAAGUCCAGUUAAAAAGACCGAAGGAUGCCAGCCGCCCUUACUGACACAACCUAGCCCUCAGUAUUCACUGCAACAGCACAGUUUUUGAGGACAACUGAAGAUAUCUUGGAGGAGUUACAUUUUUUUUCUUAAAAAAAUAUGUUUAAAAAAUCAACACAUAAGGAAUUUUUGAAGACAUAUCAGCAUUUAUUUAUGAAGAAAAGCUAGGCUACUGCAGUGAUGGAAGGAUAGAAGAAGGUGUGAAGGAGGAACUACACUGAAGCACUUCAACAACAACGCAACAAAUGGCACAGUGCAAGAAAGGCAACAGAAGUAAAAAACUGAAAAAAAGAUGUGAAACUUUGAAGAACAUAACUUUUCUCGUUGAGACUUGAAUUGUUAAUUAAGCAACAAACAAACAAAAAGCAGCAACAACAAAUAGAUUUCUAUAUACGUAUUAUAUACACAUAUAUAUAAAGAAAGAGGCGCUUCUGGCUUUUACUAUACUGGACAAAUGAGGGUUAAAACUUGAAGAUCAAGAAAAACAGUGGAAAAAAGAAGCUCUUCUGUCCCACUGAUGGACUUUCCCCUCUUUCUCUAAUACUCUCACCGUCUCUCAGCAAGCGCAGAACUAUGACUUUCUGGGGUCACUGAGGUUUCCAUUAGCUACAGUACAACUGAAAAUCUUUCACCCCUAAGGGACCAAAGGACCAAACAUUUGUAUUGUUCUCAACAGUAAUAUAUAGUAUUAAUGAUACUAAUACUACAAACUACUACUAAUAAUGUUACAAGUUAAAACUUAAGAAGUAACUUACUAGCUUCAGGUUGGAGGAGGAAAAGGGUUUUUGGGGUUCUUUUCCUUUUAAAUUUAUAACUACUGGGUUUGAGAAUAUUUAAACAAAAUAGAAAAAGAAAAAAAAGUAUUUUAAAAGCUAUACUAUUUUAGUGGACGUAGAAUAUGUGGAUUAGAGAUUGUUUCGGGCAUGUUCAGAUCUGCUUUUAGCAGUCAUUCUUUACCUAUUACAUUCCAAAUCUGCACUUUUCAUCUUGAACAUAUCUUCCUAGUAUCUUCUCUGUUUUAGAAGAAUGAGGCAAAGGUUAGUGGCUGCUCAUGAAGUUCCAAACUGUAGUCCCAAAAGAUCCAGUGAGUUGUGUCAAACCAAGUAUUUAAGACAUAUAGUACAUUUCAUUGAACAGUGUCUUCGGUCUAGUGCUGUUUCUAGUCCCCCUGUCAGUACGCUGCAUUCCAUUGUGAUGUAUUUUCAUUGUAGACCCCAAUCUUUUUCAUUGCAAAAAAAGGCAUUUCAUGUCAAGAAACAGCGAUUCUGCAUCAUUAAAGCACUGAUAAUACAGAUAAUCUGACCAUAAAGCACAGCGGUAAAAGUGACACCCGGCAGUGGGAUACGCAGCAGUAAAGAAGCGCAACAUCUUUAACUGGUUAAUAAAAUAUACAAAUUACCCUGACAAUGGUUAUAAAAUUGCCAUCCAAGCGUUGCUCUGCCUGCUGGGUCCUGCCCCCUCCCGCUGCCAGCCAUUUCCAGCUGCUCUCUGCAGAGGGGGCCCUCCCCGCUCAAGCACAUCUUUUUUAAUAGGGACCAUCAGUUAACGGGGACCUGAGAGCUAACUCGCAGCAUAAUUAGGAUAAUGCAAAUAUUGAUCAGAUGGAGAGCAGCACUGCGAGGCAAGAGAUGCACAAUCAAUUACACAUUGGCAUUUCAAAUGAAUUGACUGACUGACAGAGUACAUUUUUUCACACGGAGGAUGCAUGAGAAAUGCAGCAACACAGCCACUCAAACCGAUUUAGGGAGGGCCCAGGCGAACACAGUAGAGGUGGACAGAGGACUGAACGUGGUUCACAGUGUCUAUCACUUUGUACCAAGAUGCUAUGCUUUUACAAUUGUAUGAUUAAUUACUGGAAUGGAAACCAAUGGUCCACAGAGUCUCUGUAGCAUAUGCAAACAGUGAGGUCAAACUGAGAAGCAAGUGAAUUUUAGUACUCCAGCAUGCCUUUCCUGUCUGCAGGCCUGCCCUGUCUGAUGUAGAUGGGACUUAACUAAAGAGCAGAUGCAAUCUUUCCUGCAGGAAUAAUAGCACUGAGAGCUGCUACACCAUGAAGAACAGCUUGGCUUUAGCAGCCUUAGGAGGUCAAAUUAAGAGCAAAAUGAUCCAUCAAUUAGACUGCAGCAGGCCUGACAUUAAGUGUAGUUACUGCACCUGCUGCUCGGAAGGGGAGUCACAAACAGGAAACUGAACAACAAAACAAAGUCUGA